GAAAAAAUAUAAUGAGUAUUUACUUUAUUUUAUCCAGGAUUGUGUUUUAAUUAAUUAAAACUAUUACAAAUUACAAAUAAGAAUUUAUAGUUGGAUAGAGCCGACCAUAUGAUAGUCUACACCAGUAAUUAUGUCCAAAUUUUAAUUAUUUUUUUAAUAAUAAAGUAUUUAGUUUUAUUUUUAUUUUAACAAUUUGUUGACAAAAAAGAGAUUUUCUAAAAGAUGGGUCAUAUGGGGACAGGGGUUAAUAUGGCCUUAAUAUACAUCAGUUAUUUAUGCAGAAUAUCAUCAUGGCAUUAGUGUUUAUAAGUGAAUUUUGACCAUCAAGUUAUUUUCUGAAAGGGAUAUGGUCAAAUGAGGCCCGAUCAUUACGAAUAUAUUAAGACUUAUUUAAAACUAAGUUUUGUCGAUUUUUGAAGUGAUACUAGAACAUUCAACAUAAUUAUGAGCUCAAAAGUUCUAUUCGGGAGGUAUGGUUGUAUGAGUCAAGGCGAAAUAAUGAACCGAUUAGGACAUUAAAUACAAUCUUGCUGAAGAAAAAAUUCUCUGUUUUCUACUACUACUAUAUUUUACAACUCUGAAUUUUAUUAAAAUGCAACUCUAGCUAAUGAAAUUAUUAUUUAAAAUUAUUAUUGUUGCUAAUACAAUGGCGCUUGCCGCCAUUUUUAAAUGAAAAAUUUUCUUGAGUUAUAAUUUGCUUCUGCCAGUGAAAAAUAUAAAUAAAAUUUAAUAAAAAAGUGUUAAUUAUAUAUAAAUUAUUAAAAAUAUUAAAUAAUGGCUGCCUUAGACAUCUUAAAUAAUACAGCUGAAUUGGAUUUAACACCUUCACGGAAGCGUAAAAGACAUUUUGAUAAAUGUGAAAUACAAGAACAACAAAAUGCUAUAAAAACUACAGCUGCCGCUACUUCCUGUUUUACAAAUGAAGCCUUCAGUUCAACACCUAAAAAAAAUUUGGGCAAACGGCGUCUCCAAUUAAAAAUAAACAAAGAAAAUGCUUUAGUAUAUCCAAAUGUUGGUUUAGAAGUUAAAUCCAUAGCUGAAUUGGCUAGACGGCCUGAGGAAGCUGAAAAUAUACCCCGAAAUCCUUAUGAGGUGCUGCGUAAACCACCAAAAAAGAAAAAACGGCAGGCUGAAGGCACAGCUUGUUUCGAAAAUCCAGCUUUGAAUUUGGAAUUACCAGAAAAACAAUUUAAUCCUUAUGAGGUGGUACGUGAAAUUACACCAAAUAAAGCCUCCAAUUGUUUUUCAAAUCCAGCUUUGAAUUUAAAAAUACAAGAUGCUUCAGCCAUACACAAUCCUUUUGAGGUGCAUCGUGAAUUACCAGAUCAGGAUAUCAAAUCCUUAAAUCCUUUCGAAUUUUCUUCGAAAAAUGAACACGAACAGCGUCUCUCAACUCCUAAACCUUGUAAAUUAAAACUUGGUUUGCCUUUUGUGCCCACAGUGGGCUGUCGUAUUGAUUUUAAGGAUAUUUCCAUGUCGCAACUUACUCCUAGCAAAUUACUAGCUGAGAAAUUGGUAUUUUCCCCAGUACCAAAAGCAAAAGUUUCAUUAGGUUCCAUAGGAGAAGAAACUACCAUGGAUAUAGGCAAAGAAUUAGAUCGCUAUCAACUGGAAUUGGAGAACAGUAUCAAUGAAGCAAAAUUACGUAAAAAUGGUGUAGCGGAAGAAGAGUUAUUGCUUUCACCGCCCGAUACUAAUUAUCAAAUUCAAAUAGUUGAUACAGAGAAAAAAUCUAAAUUUACACAAAAACUAAGUGGUAUAUCGGAAGAUGGCGAAACUGAGGAAAUAAUUGAAGAAACUAAUACAAAAACUGAACAUCAUAUUGAAGUUAAUGUUGUAGUGCAAAAAGAAGAACAAAAGUUCACAGAAGUAAAAGAAACUAAUCCAUUUCUUUAUGAUUUAAGUCAACAAUUUCAAAGAACUGAAACAGCUGAAGUAAUUGAAAUUGAAAAUCUUGAUGACUUAUAUGGUUGCUCAGAGGAAGAUCAAGAAGAUGCUGAAGAUUCUUUUGAUUUUAAAACACCAGCACCAUUUGUAAGAGCUUACACCAAGCCAGCUGAGCCAAAACUAACGGUAAGUAGAGAAUCUUUGGAAACUAAUAAAUCAGAAAAAUCAGAUAAAUCGGGCGAUGCAGAUGAUAAUAACAAAAAAACCAUGAAUGUUAAAAAUAUCAUACGAAAAUCUAUAAGAAAACUUAUGCAUCCUAAUGGCCAACAACCAAAAGAAACAGAAAAAGAUUUGGACGAAAAAAUAGAACAUGAAAAACACGGCUUAAUGAAUGCCAUACGUCAUAGUUUACGCAGAAAACCCACUAAGAAUGUACAGGAUGAAGAGCCUGUAACAAAGGAAUGCGAAAUUUCUAUAAUAGAUGGAACAGAAAGAACCAUGAAACUUAAAUCGGAGGCAUUAGAAACUGAAUAUUUAAAAAUAGAAGAUUUAACCAAUGAAAAGAAACAUAAUCUCAGAAACAGUAUAAGAAAAUCAACUCGAGAAGUACGCAAUCAUUUAAUGAAAUCUGUUUUUCAUAAAAAACAUGAGGAAUAUGAUUUUAAUAAGUAAUUUACACAGUUUCUUAAAAAAAAUAUUAAAAUUGGUUACAUUUUUACUUUUAUUUAUUUACUUGUUCCACUUUUUAAGGGAAAUAUUUUAAUUUUUAAAUUAAGUUUUAUGUUUUUAUGUACCCAAAGAUCUAUUAAGUUUAAGUUGCAAUUAUUGCACUUUAUUUUUUUAUUAUUAAGUUUACAAAUAUUUUCCGAAUACAUUUAUUAUGUGGUCUUUAAUAUAUAUUUUAAUUAUAAAAAAAAUCAACUUGCACUUUUUUCUAUAUAUUAGUAAUUUUGGUAGUUUUAUUUGUAAACUGUUUGUAAUAAAGGUUUUCUGCGACAUUCUAGAGGUUUGUAGGCAUGUUGGUAGACACUAGCUAAACGCCAAUGUUCGGGAUAACCUCCCUCCCCGGC